AUGGUCUCGAUCAUCUUGCAUCACUUACACGCGUGGUUUCGACCCACUCUUGCAGCUCUCUUUCAGCGCAAUCUCCCUUGGAGUUAUCGCUGGCGACUGCUUGUCUUUCAGCCUGUCAUUCUUCUCACCUACUCCAUCGCGACUAUCCCUUGUCUCCUUUACCGUCCAUUUACAGUUGAAUAUCUACCUAUCGCCCCAGGACGCUAUGUGCGAGCCUUGAUCUUCAAGGCAGCAGGUGUAGGCAAGGGCAGGGCGAAGCGACCGCUCCAUGUCAACUUUCACGCUGGAGCCUUUAUCGGAGGCUUGCCAGAGGGCCAUGCUCGGUUCGAUGACCGUGUAGCCAAAGAGACUGGUGCUGUGGUCGUGGAUGUCGACUACCGUGUAGCGCCUGAGCACGUCUUCCCAGCAGCUAUUGACGACGCAGAUGCAACUAUCAAGUGGCUACAGGAGCACGCUGAGGAACGAUGGGGCGCAGAUGCGACUCUCAUGACCACGAGCGGGUUCUCUGCAGGAGGUAAUAUAGCCCUUGCAGCGACGCAGCAAGAGACAUGCCAUGCUCCGUGGCCGACAGCCAUCAAGGCCGUUACGAACUUUUACGGAGCAAUUGAUCUUCGGCUCAGUCCUUGGGAGAAGCCUCAUCCGCCAACCAUGCCCAAGAAUGAUCCUGCAAGAGUCUUUGUUCCUCUGUUCGAUGCCUAUGCGGGACCUGCUCGUGCAAAGCACUUUGAGGAUCCGAGGCUAAGUCCGGUGCUUGCAAAGAAGGAGACGCUACCGGACCGGAUACUCUUGGUUGUUCCUGGUAUUGACAUUUUGGUGGCCGAGCAGACCGAGUUUGCGGAGCGAGUCAAUGCUGAGGAUGAGGCGAGCUAUUCCAUGGGUACCUAG